AAUCAAGAUCGAGUGACCGUUCAGCUCUUUGCAGACAAAACCCCGCUAGCAGCAGAGAAUUUCCGAAGCUUGUGCACUGGAGAAACGCCGUCAUUGGAAAGUAGCAAACCUCUAUGUUACCGCAACAGCAUUGUCCACCGCGUCGUUCCGAAUUUCUGUAUUCAGGCCGGUGAUUUUACGAAUGGCGAUGGAACGGGAGGCCGAUCUAUCUAUCCUACGGGGCUUGCCUAUACAGACAUGUGGGGAAAAUUCAAAGACGAAAUGCCUUUAUUGAAGCACUCCCGAAAAGGUCUGCUAUCGAUGGCCAACAAUGGCCCCAAUCAAAACGGAAGCCAAUUUUUUAUCACACUUCGAGCUCUACCUCACUUGAACGGAAAGCACGUUGUUUUCGGAGAGGUGAUUGAAGGUAUGAAUGUCGUCGAGUCGGUAGGAAGCCUCGCCACUGACGCCAAGCAGCGACCAACAGAUGUGACUGUAUUAAUAACAGACUGCGGUGAAAUC